AUGCCGAUCGAUCAAUCGUCCCCGAUACCGAGAGCUGUUGCUGAGCUUUCCUCUAGCAUAAGCUGUGGUGGUGACGAGCAUGACACGAGCCUUGAAUCCCUCUGCGAAUCAUGUCGGAGGGUAGAUUGGUCAAAUAUUACAGACUGGACAAAGCUUUCGUGGCCAAAAUCUUCGAUGGUUGGCCCGGAUGGACGCAACACAAAACCCGUCCGAACCUUUGAGGGGAAUUCCCGUAGCCAACUACUCAACUCAGAUUGUCGCGUCUGUCACCUGGUUGGGAGUCUUGUCAAUCCAAGCUCUGGUAGCCGCGCCCCUAAUCAGUCUCUAGAAUCAAGUGACCAACCGCUGAAUGUAUGUUUGGAAGCUUGCGAGGGUUUCACUGAAACAUGGGGGGGUUCCUUUGAAUCAUGGGAUUCCAGAGAGCGAGACCCGUGUAUCAAACUGGCAGUUCGAUCCCCAGCAACUGGUUCGAAUAGGAUAUAUAGCCAUGAAGACCAAUUUCGCUUGAUCAUAGCACACAAAUCCAGGAACAAUGAGAUCGCUGGUAUUCGCAUGACAGAGCCCUUAAGAGUCAACUUCGAUUUUCUUAGAAAUUUGUUGAACGGGUGCCUUGAGAAUCAUGAAGAGUGCCAGUCUACGAAGGUAGAAGUUGCGAAGCUGCGUGUCGUUGAGGUUAGCACGAAAAGAAUUUGCCAGGCUCCACUAAACUGCGAAUACAUUGCUCUAUCUUAUGUUUGGGGUGACAAUUCUACCUGUGAGAGUAGCCCAGGCGAGUUCCCAUCAGUUGUACAAGAUGCCUUCGCAGUCACUGAGGCCUUAGGCUACCAGUAUCUAUGGGUUGAUCGAUAUUGCAUCGACCAAAACCCGAACUCCCCUCAUAUGCAGUCUAUGAUCAACCAGAUGGAUCUUGUCUAUAGUAACGCCCGCGCCACUAUAGUCGCGGCUUCCGGUAGCAGUGCUAGUGAUGGGUUGCCGGGAAUCAGUGUACCACGCUAUCAAGCCUACACAGUCGUUGGCAAGACCCAUCUGGUUGAAGUCCCCAACGCUGUAGCGGACAUCAUGCUCAGCAACUGGGUCAGGCGGGGGUGGACUUACCAAGAAUGGUACUUCUCUAAAAGAAGGCUAAUAUUCACCGAUAGCGAAGUACUGUUUCUCUGUAACAAGAGAAAGGAAAGAGAGACGACAUUGACUCGCCUUGUCCAUGAUAUUGAUAACCUGGAGCGUGUAUUCAGUUCUAUGAAGCCUCCAUGUCAACUUGAGGCUCAGCUGCUUGACUUUCGCGGUCUUGAGUCACAUAUAGAGGGAUACUGCAAGCGAGAUCUAUCCCACGAUUGUGACAGCCUGAAUGCAUUUGCUGGAGUCCUGAGACAUUACGAGUCAGUUGUAAUGCGCGGCAAUAGACCAAUGUUCCACCUUUGGGGAGUUCCGUUGAAGCUGCUUAGGCAUACUGAAGCUGAAGAGGAAGAGGUAUUGUUUGAUCUGCUAUGGUAUCAUGAAGCUAUUGCCCAUCGAAGGGAACAUCUUCCCAGCUGGUCCUGGUCAGGUUGGGGUGGUUCGGUCAGGUUUGGAUACUAUGGAUUUCAAAUCCAGACCUUUACAGUAGAAAGGGCAGCUAACAAGCCGCUGGACAACUUGACAGAUGAGAAUGAACGAGCGACUUCCGCAGAGCGUGGUGUUCGGAUACAAAUUCCUCUUGAUGAAAGGAAUAUUGAUUUGGAUAGUUUCUGCCAGGAACUUCAGUUGAAUCUACAUGGCGAAAUUUACCCGAAGGACUUACAUAUCACCUCAUUCAUUAUGCCGCUACGAUUCCGUAAGAUUCGUAGUCACCAGUCAUAUUCACAUCUUGAAGAGGAAGUCGUUGGGCCGCUGCCGCCAAUUUUUUUUCCAACAUUUCUUGUAAGGCCCGGUAUAUUUCUUGGUGUCCCGGUGCGUUUCGAUAGAGAGUAUGAUUUCGAAUUGCACAAAUUGGGCCUGGUACUACCAACCGCUGGCCAGUUCUACAAAGACGCGGAUACCUAUAACAUCAUGAUUCUCCACCCUGUAGCGGAUGGGAAAUACGAGCGGGCUGGACUCCUUACUCUAGAAUAUUAUGUUGACACGGGAGAUAUCGAGGCUUGCAGAAUGACCACGGAGCCGGGCUAUUUAUUGAAUGAAAAUGAUCAUCCGAUUUCAGAACAGAGCCGGAGGUAUAUGAGCCAAAAGAAUGAGGAAUCAAAUAAGUUUUUAUUUCUUCAAGACGCCGAAUGGAAGACUAUUUGCUUGGUUUAG